UCGAGACGCGCAGCUUGCUCAGCCGAGAAAGGCCACUUACUUCACGAUGAAGCUCGUUGCUGUGCUGGUGGUUUUGUGUGGCUCGUUCUUCCUGACGAGUGGCAAUUUCAUAGCGUGUGAUUUGGAUUUGGAAGAUCCGGCCAUACUAGCACAAUUACCGCAAGAGUGUCAGAACCUGGACGAAUCCUCCAGCCAAUUGAUGAAGCAAGAGGCUAUAAGCUUCAAGACGUUCCACAACAAGUUGCUGGAGUAUGAGGCUGUACAGGGCAAGCAUACGGAGGACGAGAUGUACAUGGAUAUGGAUUUCCGACGGAGGCUCUACGAACGGGUCGACAUUGACUCAUGCUCCAUAAUCGCCGAGCCUUUGGAGGAGCACAUAAAGUGUCUCAUCGAGAAGCGACAACAAAUGAUUGAUAUAAUUGGUGCCAGUGUGGUGAAUCUACGGUGAAAUAAUGAACAAUCACACGGAGUGAUCAUGCGUUACAGGCAAAGUGCUACAACUUACAUGCGCCUGAGGAAUUUAAGAAUUCGAACUGUAGAGGCUAUCGAAAGCAGUGACAGCGCCGGAGUCCUUAUUUAAGUUGGUUUGAUCGAAUUGUAUCAUUAUUAUCAUGAACGACAGCAGUGCAGCAAAUAUCUGAAAAGAUGUAUAAACGAGCAUCGCUUUAAAUUGCUUUCACGAGAUGAGUUGAUGAGUUCAAUGGUUCUGUAUAUUUACCGACACAAGUGAAGACAAAUCUAGAGUUAAGAUACCGCAAGCUUUCACAUAAACCUCCUUUCUUAUCAGUGUUAGCAUACCAUAGCGUGUGAUCUGAAAUCAAAUUAUGCAGUAGAUUAUUCAAUAGUUAGACAGAAGGAAGGCUGGUGGUGUGAAAACUCACGCGAUGUUCGCCAUGCGCUUCGUAGCCUUGAGGAAAGACUUCGAACAGCAGUGUUCCAAGGCGUGUUUGCUACAGGGCAAUGCGAAAUAAAUCGAAUCAGAGAUAAGAAACAAAUACAGGAGAUAAACGUCGUCACCAA